CGCGUCCUACAUUUUUAAAUAAAAAAAAAAUAGUGCGCUUUGAUUUCAUAUCUUUAUUUCUUUUUUGUACCAGUUGUGCUUGAAUUAUAAUACAUCAUGUCUUCAAGCUCGUCAGCUCCUGAACAAGAUCCCAAAACUAAAGCCUUGAACGGCUACAGAAGAAGACUUUUAGAACAUCGUGAAUUAGAUGCUAAACUUAAAGAGAUGCGUCUUGGAUUGAGAACUUUGGAUAAAGAAUAUGAUAAAUCUGAAGACGAUAUUAAAGCAUUGCAAAGUGUUGGUCAAGUUAUUGGUGAAGUAUUGAAGCAAUUGGAUGAUGAGCGUUUCAUUGUGAAGAACACCAGUGGACCCCGUUAUGUUGUUGGGUGUCGUAAUACAGUUGACAAGGAAAAGUUGAAGCAAGGUGCUCGUGUUGCUCUUGAUAUGACCACCUUAACAAUCAUGCGUAUUUUACCACGCGAAGUUGAUCCUCUUGUAUACAACAUGUCAAUGGAAGAUCCCGGUAAUAUCAGUUUCGCAGGUAUUGGUGGUCUCUCUGAACAGAUCCGUGAAUUAAGAGAAGUGAUUGAAUUACCUUUGAUGAACCCCGAAUUAUUUUUGCGUGUCGGUAUCAAACCACCUAAAGGUGUUUUAUUAUAUGGUCCACCUGGUACCGGUAAAACCUUAUUAGCCAAGGCAGUUGCUAGUACUCUCCAAGUCAAUUUCUUGAAGGUUGUUUCCAGUGCUAUUGUUGAUAAAUAUAUUGGUGAGAGUGCCAGAUUAAUUCGAGAGAUGUUUGGGUAUGCAAAGGAGCAUGAACCAUGUAUUAUCUUUAUGGAUGAAAUUGAUGCUAUUGGUGGUCGUCGUUUCUCUGAAGGUACCUCUGCUGAUCGUGAAAUUCAACGUACUUUAAUGGAAUUGUUGAAUCAAAUGGAUGGUUUUGAUUAUCUUGGACAGACAAAAUUAAUCAUGGCCACAAAUCGACCUGAUACACUUGAUCCUGCUUUACUUCGACCUGGUCGUCUUGACAGAAAAAUCGAAAUUCCUUUACCCAAUGAACAAGGUCGUUUGGAAAUCAUGAAGAUUCAUGCUGGUAAUAUUACAAAACACGGUGAUAUAGAUUAUGAAGCUAUUGUCAAGCUUUCAGAUGGUUUCAAUGGUGCAGAUUUAAGAAAUGUGUGUACAGAGGCUGGUAUGUUUGCCAUUAGAGAAGAGCGUGAUUACUGUAUUCAGGAGGAUUUCAUGAAGGCCGUAAGAAAGGUUCAAGAUGCAAAGAAGUUGGAGACAAAGAUGGAUUACGAAAAGAUUUAAAUAAAUAUAUAUAAAAAAACAAAUUAAAACCA